UACCCGGAACCAUCAGCAAUGUAUAUAUCUCCUGUAACACUGCGUAGCUGAUUGGGAGCUAUAGUCUGUAUUGAAAAGUCGGGGCUGGUCCUCGGCGAAACACAAAUGUGGAAAUACAAGGGAUUUUAUACGAAAAACAAUACUUUGUGAUAAACUAUGAAUAAGUUUUGUAUCUGUGUGGUUCUGGUGGCAACGGUGCUGGUCGCUGUACAAGCCUACAGUACCGGAGUACCCAGGAAAGGAUGUAACUUAAAGAAACCAUACCAUAUAAGGAGAAAUUUUACAGACUGGAAUUGGGAAUAUGCUCCUCAAUUUUCGACGCCACCGUUUCGUAUAUUAACAAACACAACAGUUAUAAAACCAGGGGAUGCAGUGGAAGUUACGAUUUCCCCGAAGACGAAACAAGAUGCCUUUAAAGGCUUCUUCCUCCAAGUGGUUCCAGAGAAGAGUCUUUUCGACGUCCCGCGCGGGAGGUGGACAGCUGACGGAAUGGCCCGCCCUUUCCGAUGUCAAAUGGUCGACGGUGACAGCAUCAGUCACGCGAACAGCAGGUGGAAGGGCAACAUCACCAUGAUCUGGCACGCGCCAACAGACUUCGAUGACUUACAGGACAACCUAGUAGUUAGGGGCUCCAUUGUCCGAACGUAUGACGAAUACUGGGAGAGUGUCCAGUCCAAGCCGUUGAUGAUAGAUCAAAUUAAAGACUCGCAGGCCAAAAGUGAUCUACUUGCCCAGCUUGCAAAAGAGUUCGGGAGUGACAAAGCAGGACAGCUGUUGGCUAUCUUAGAGGUUAAGGUCAUGGAGGACGACUUGGCGGGAAUAACCUCUACCUCCGUAACAGACAAUAGUGCCACAAGUGGCGCAACGGGUGGUACUGGUGGUACCGGUGGUACCGGUGGUACCGGUGGUACCGGUGGCGCGACUGGUGUGGCCACCACCAUGGCUCCCCCGGCUACCACUCCUCCACCACCAUCAACCAACGUAAACAAUAAGAUCGAAGAGGUAGCUGAUGGAGAUGAAGGAUUGCUGUCAAAGGUUACUGGUCUUGUCAAAAACCCUAUGAUCCUAAGCACUGUGAAGAGUCUGAUGGGCGGCGGCAGCGACAGUGGAGGCGGAGGGCUAGGCGGACUGGCCAGUCUGGCAGGGAGCGUUCUUGGCGGAGGAGGAGGUGGUGGUUCUGGUGGUCUUAUUUCGAGCAUGCUCGGAGGCGGUGGAGGUGGAGGACUACUGUCCAGCAUGCUCGGUGGAGGCGGUGGAAUGGGCGGACUGACCAGCUUGAUUCCAAUGCUUGGGGCCGGUAAGAUGUUGUCUGGCAUGCUUGGAGGGGGAGGAAGUGACCGAGGCGGAGGCGGGGGAUUUCUUUCUUCUCUUCUCGGAGGUGGUAGCAGCAGAAAAAAUAACGACGAUAUGUUUGGAGGUAUGGGAGGUAUGUCAGGAGGUAUGCCAGGAGGUAUGUACGUCGGACAGCAAGGCAUGAUGGGACGACCUUCCCAAGGUAUGAAUGGAAUGAUGGGAUCGGGAGGAGGCGCCGGGGGAGGAGCGUCAUCUGGCGGAAACCCCCUAGCAAGCAUAUUGGGUAAUCCUGGCGCAAUGGCUGGUAUAUCUUCCAUGUUACAAAACAUGGGAGGAUCCCCGACAGGAGGGAGCGCGGGAGGAGGAGGUGGCGGAGGCGGUGGAAGUCUCAUGAACAUGCUUGGGAUAUCGGACCCAUCAGGUGGAGGAGAUUUAAGUCGGCCCAGACCGGAACUCUUAGAAAAUCCACAGGGCACUAAAGCCCAACCAGGUCCUAACGCCGGCCUGAAUAACGCGCUCUCUCAGGUCAUGGGAAUGCUGGGAGGAUCCAGUGGAUCUGGAGGUCCAUCCAAUGGUGGCUCCUCUCAAUGGCAGAACCAAAACCAGCAAUAUCAACAGGGAGGAUAUUAUCCCCAACAGCAGCAGUAUCCACAGGACCAAUAUUACAAUCAGAAUCAACAGUACCAACAAGGCCAGUACUAUCCACAAAACAAUCAACAAGGCGGAAAUCAAUUGAGUAACCAAGGGCAACAAAAUGGAUUUGGCAGUAGUCAGUGGGGCAAUCAAGGACAACAGAGUGGAAAUAAUGGAAAUCAGUGGGGUAACCAAGGAUUUAACGGUAACCAAAUGAGUAACCAAGGAAACCAAGGAUCAAACGGAAAUCAGUGGGGAAACCAAGGAUCUAACGGUAAUCAGUGGGGUAACCAGGGAAACCAAGGAUCUAACGGAAAUCAGUGGAGUAACCAAGGAAACCAAGGACCUGGGGGAAAUCAGUGGAGUAACCAAGGAAACCAGGGACCUGGCGGAAAUCAGUGGAGUAACCAAGGAAACCAGGGACCUGGCGGAAAUCAGUUGAGUAACCAAGGAAACCAGGGACCUGGCGGAAAUCAGUGGAGUAACCAAGGAAACCAGGGACCUGGCGGAAAUCAGUGGAGUAACCAAGGAAACCAGGGACCUGGCGGAAAUCAGUGGAGUGACCAAGGAAACCAGGGACCUGGCGGAAAUCAGUGGAGUAACCAGGGAAAUCAAGGAUUUAACGGAAAUCAGUGGGGUAGCCAAGGAAACCAGGGAUCUAAUGGAAAUCAAUGGAAUAACCAGGGACCACCCCCUGGAAAUCAGGUCAACAACGAACAACAAAACGGCUUCGGUGAUCUUCAAUUCAACAAUCAAGGUCAGUCAAACCAAAAUGGGUUCCAACCACCAAAUGGUAACGACAUGUUCGCUCCACCUCCAUCCGGUAAUGGAUUUGGAUUAGGAGGAAACACUGGUGCUUCUGGCCCAGCUGUGCAGCCACCAAACUCACAGGGCCCACCCCCACCUUCUGGUGGUGGAAGUGGUUUCCCUCCAGGAGGUGCACUGGACAACCUCCUCAAUAACGGUGGUUCUCCUGGAGGUGGAUUGGACCUGAAUGGACUCUUGGGAGGUGGACUCGGCAACAUUUUAGGAGGAGGAUCGGCCGGCGGGGGCGGCGGGGGUGGCGGCGNUCAGACGGACAACUAG